AUGCGUUUCUUCUCGACUAUCGUUGCGGCGCUUGCCGUCGCCCAGGGAGUCUCCGCCGUCGAUGUCCAGAAGUCUGUUAUCGUCAGCUUCCCGAGCGAGACGACCGACGACAUCGUCAACCGUGCCAAGGAUGACAUCCGAAAGGCGGGGGGAGUGAUUACUCAUGAAUACCAACUCAUCAAGGGUUUCGCAGCCAAGGCUCCCCAAAAGAUCCUCGAGACGGUGUCGGCCUGGAGCGCGGAGUUCCACGCGGUCAUCGAGGAAGACCAAGUCGUCGAGAUCACAUCGAAUUCGUCUUAA